AUGAUUUGGCUUGAGUCACGUUACAGUGGGAGUCGCAGUGUGGCUAGCAUAAUCAAGCGACUUGAAAAACUUGGGAAAGGGGCUGAGGAACUUGGUAGAAUGUUCUACGAAAUUUAUGCUUUCAUUGAGAGUCGAACUCAAGACCUCCCGCUUACUAAACGGAGUGAAGUAUCAGAACAGGAUGAACGCGAGAACGUUCACAACAACGGCGACUAA